AUGGCGUGUUUCAGACCGCGGGCCCUGGCUCUGCACGCCCUCUUCUGGGGCCUGGUGUCUCUCAGAGUGUUUGGGGCCAGUCUCCUGAGUGAUGAGAAGACCGCAGCUACCAGGGCCUCGGACGCCCCCUGCUGGCAGCUGGAGGACUUUGUGGUGACGGUCGAGUGUUCUCAGUGCAGCACCAAGCCCUGGGCGGCCUGUGAGCAGACAGGCUACGUGGAGACGGUGAACUGCUCCAAGUCCAACAGAGAGGAGUACAAGAGCUGCCGCUCGGCCCUGAUGGAGGAGGUUCUGUUCUGGAGGAUGGAGGGGGUGGUGCUGGGCCUCAUGGUGCUGCUGGCGCUGGUGGUGGUGGGCCGACAGCGGUCCCUGGACCGCCUCGCCUCCGAGAAGGUCCGCCGCCAGAUAGAGUCCAUCUAG